CGCUGUGCUAUCUGACAUCGACACAUCGAGUCUGAAGAUCGGUGACAGAAGCAAGAAACAAGGAAGUGUAGUUUGCAAACAGCAGGCAGGCAAAGUACAAGCUCGCUGUUGCUCUGUUAAACCUGCGGAACUGUUUGUUCAACUAGCGGUAUAGCAAAAUGCCUGAAAUACAGACACCAAGGAUUCAAGCCAUUCACAGCAGUGCUAGUGACGGACUGGAGGGCUUCAAGGCACAUGCUGUGUUCCAGGAAAUCAACAAGAAGCUCCAGGAGGAAGGAGAGCAGUUUGUGAAAAAGAUCGGGGGAGUCUUUGCCUUCAAAGUAAAGGACGGCCCGGACGGUCAGGAGGCGAUUUGGUUCGUGGAUGUGAAGAACGGCAGAGGCUGCGUCCACAAUGACACGGCUAAGAAAGCAGAUUGCACCAUCUCCAUGUCAGAUAAAGACCUGUUGGACUUGAUGACGGGGAAGAUGAACCCACAGUCUGCGUUUUUCCAGGGCAAGCUGAAGAUCACAGGGAACAUGGGACUGGCCAUGAAGCUUCAGAGCCUGCAGCUGCAGCCGGGCAAAGCCAAGCUGUAGAUGGGACAUGGCAGCUAGCUGUAAUAACUACACCUCUGAACACUGGAUAGAGUUAACCCACAAAGAAUUUAACAGCAAGUCUGAUACGUUUCAGAUUAAUGUUAAAGGUCCGUAAAGCUUCUCAUCACAGGGCUGAACCACUUUCCCUCCUAGUGACCUCACUGACCGACGAGGGGAUUAGUCAGCAGCCCUGCCAAAAUAACUGGAGAAUAAGAUAGAUGGACAGAUAAUUAAUUCUCUAAUCAAGUCCCUCUCAUGUAAUUGUGUCAGUACACAAGCGUAUACACAGGUGUUCGCUACUUAUAGAUAGUAAUUCAGUUUAUGUCCAGUUUUCAAUAACUUCUCAUUGUCUGUUGCUAAUAAAAUCUUUCUUUGAGUGUGUUAUGUCUGGAAUGUUUUGAGUAGAUCAGAUGUAAUUUUCUGCACUCAUGGCCACUAAGUGCCUCCUCGUCUCAGACUUGCAGUUUGCUCUAAGGUUUUUAGCCAACAACAUAGACAUGUUUUUCUCUGUGGCAGCCUGACAUUUUAACAGGGGGGGGGGGUUGUUGUUUUCUGCUGUACUAUCAUUAUUGUAUGAAUCUCUAAAAGAUUUCUACAAAAUAAAUGUGCUUUUUCCGCAAUGUCA